UGUGGUAAACAAAAUCUAAGGUGUGCGCAUGCGUACAAGCGUAAUGGAGGACAGCGAUCUACUCACAACGAGUUCAAUAAGUAUUUCCGUUGCUGUAUAUGCUGUUCGCAGUGGGCAUUUCUAAUUCAUUACCCGGUAGCAAAGAAAUUCCGAGGACAUUUUCCAAAACAAACACGAGGAGCUGGCUCUUCCUCUGAGGUGUUGGGAUGGCGUCAGAUGGGGCCUCACAAAAUCAUGGAUCCAGGGGGAUCAUGACUUUUUACCCCACCGUGGAGCAGUUCAGCAACUUCAAUCGCUACAUUGCUUACAUGGAGUCACAGGGAGCGCACAAGGCAGGCUUGGCUAAAGUUGUCCCACCAAAGGAAUGGAAACCCAGAAGAUCGUAUGACGGUAUUGAUGACUUGGUGAUACCUGCCCCCAUCCAACAGGUGGUGACGGGUCAGUCAGGCCUUUUUACACAGUACAACAUUCAGAAGAAGUCAAUGACAGUCCGGGAGUUCCGCAAGAUUGCCAACAGUGACAAGUUUUGUAGCCCCCAUUAUGACGACUUUGAGGAGCUUGAGCGCAAGUACUGGAAGAAUGUGACCUUUAAUCCUCCGAUAUAUGGGGCAGAUGUAAAUGGAUCCCUUUAUGACCCAGGCAUCAAAGAAUGGAACAUUUGCCACCUAGACACCAUUUUGGAUACUGUUGAAUGUGAAAGUGGCAUAGUGAUUGAGGGCGUUAAUACACCCUACUUGUAUUUUGGCAUGUGGAAGACCACUUUUGCAUGGCACACUGAGGACAUGGACCUCUACAGUAUCAACUACCUGCACUUUGGGGAACCUAAGUCAUGGUACUGUAUUCCUCCAGAACAUGGAAAAAGAUUAGAGCGACUGGCUACAGGUUUCUUUCCUGGAAGUUCCCAGAAUUGUGAGGCCUUUUUGAGACACAAGAUGACGUUGAUCUCUCCCUCUACCCUAAAGAAAUAUGGAAUACCGUUUGAGAAAAUUACUCAAAGGGCUGGUGAGUUCAUGGUAACUUUCCCCUACUCCUACCAUGCUGGUUUUAACCACGGCUUCAACUGUGCAGAGUCCACCAACUUUGCCACAGAGAGAUGGAUUGAAUAUGGCAAGCAAGCAGUCCUGUGUUCUUGUCGCAAGGACAUGGUGAAGAUUUCUAUGGAUGUUUUUGUGAAGAAGUACCAGCCGGAUCGUUAUGAGCAGUGGCUAGCAGGGCGGGAUGUGGUGCCCAUUGAUCAUUCACAGCCUACACCUGAGGCUAAGGAGUUCCUGAACGAACCUUUCAAUAACGUGCACAGUGCCAGUAAUAACUGUUCUGUGGAGAGCGGUGAAGAACGGAAAAGUGCUACACAGAGAAUAGAGACCAAAAGACAUAGAGUGUGUUUAGAGAUACCAAAGGACAUUGUUCCUAAGGAGGAAAAUGAGGAAGAGGAGGACCACUAUGGAAAGCGUCCGAGGCUGAGUCUCCUGCCGCCACGUACCAUAUCACAUGAAGGCAAAAGAAAUAAAGGUCCUCCAAAACUGGUCGUCACACCAACCAAACUUACUUUAUUGGACCCAUUUCACAGAGGCUUUAUCCAAAGUAACAGUAAUGCCGGCCGAUACACUCACUGUGCGAAGACCCGACCUCCAACUAUCUCAUCUCAGACCCGUGCUGGAAAUGGACAUCUUCCAGUUACAGUGGUACCUACACAGCCAGGUGCUCCAGGACAGCCUUCCCGCAAAAUGGGAGUGGCCAGUCUACUCUUCCACAAGACACUAAGUCCAAAAGAAACUCUGCAGGUCCAGAAUUACUCUCUGGAAACACAGCGGCAAACUCCCACACAGCUGCAGGUCCACAGCUACGCCAGAGAACAUCAGCCCCGUCAUCUUCUGCACAAAACCUUUGCACAAUCUCACAAGCAGCCACAAUCUUCAUCUCAGGUAUCGAGUUCUGCAAAAGUGGACUCCCCGCCAGAAUCUCUCAGCAGUUUAACCAAAGUAACACCAACUGAAGCGAAAGUACCAAUUCCGAAGCAAGGUGAUGAGGAGGACAAACCCAAAAUGUUGGUUUUCUCUGACGCUCAUGCUGAACUGAAGACGCCUGAGGUUGAAUCCACCAGCAUGUCCCAUUGUCUCCACACUCAGUCACAAGCCAAAGAGUUAAGCAAAAUAGAGAGAGAUAAUCUCAAGAACAGCAAGCGAAAGAGUAACCAAUGCCCCCUUGUGGAUAGUGGCAUUGCCUUUGUCAAAGAAACCAUUCCAGCCCAGAAUCCAAAUCAAAAUGAAAUGGCCAUCACUCAGAAUUACCAUCGGUUACUCCAGCAAGUGGCAGAAGAGCAGUCUUACUGCAAAUCGGUAGUAAAGCAGGAGCAGCAGCAGAAAGAACUUCAUAAGCUGCCUCGCCACCACCCUCUGAUUAGAGAGGUGCACAGUGAUGACGAAAUGUAUGUUGAUGUGGACGUGGAGCAAGAGGAGAAAGAAGAAUGGGCAAAGCCACUGGUUCAGCUGUGGCAGUCUCGGCCAUUUAACCCUCAGGCAGAGUGGGAGUACAACAAGAGAAUGGGCCAGCAGGCUCCCUACUGCUGCAUCUGCCUAAUAUUCCAUACUCACAAUCAGUCUGAGGCCAGUGGUGGGUGCUCCAACAAAAUGUUAGUGAGCCGUUCCAGAGGAUACCAGUGGUCCAAACCUCUUAUUCCAGAAAUGUGUUUCAACACCCAAACCAGCAGGAUGAACCAGGAGGGACAGCUGUCAAAUCCCAACAUAACAGAGGAUGGGACCAGUCGUCUGGUCAGCUGUGCUCAGUGCAGCGUCCGUGUGCACACCAGUUGCUAUGGUGUGUCAUGUGAUGAAGCGGAGCUGGAUGACUGGCUGUGUGCACGAUGUGAGGCAAAUGCCAUCACAGAGGACUGCUGUUUGUGCUCCCUCAGAGGGGGGGCUCUGCAGAGAGCCAACAAUGACAAGUGGGUUCACGUGCUGUGUGCACUCACUGUGCUGGAAGCCUGCUUUGUCAACAUCACUGAGCGCAGCCCCAUUGACCUCUCUGCCAUUCCACUGCCCCGCUUCAGACUGAAGUGUGUGUACUGCAGGAAGCGGAUGAAAAGGGAAGUGACGGGCUGCUGCGUUCAGUGCUCCCAUGGGCGCUGCUCCACUGCGUUUCACCCUACCUGUGCUCAGGCAGCUGGCGUCCUCAUGCACCCAGACGACUGGCCCUUUGUGGUUUUCAUCACUUGUCACAGACACAAAGCACCUGUCAUAACUGAGCGAAACAAGACGUCCAUGCGGGACCUGCAAGUGGGACAGAAGGUGAUCUGUAAAUACAAGAACGGCCGUUACUACCACAGUGAGCUAAUGGAACUGACCACAGCUACUUUCUACGAGGUGGUGUUUGACGACGGCUCCUACAGUGACAACCUCUUACCUGAGGACAUCGAGAACCGUGACUGCAUCCUCCUGGGUCCCCCUGCUGAAGGUGAUGCUGUUCAGGUGCGGUGGACUGACGGCCUGAUCUAUGGAGCCAAAUUUGUUGCAGCACACUCCAUUCCAAUGUUUUCGGUGGAGUUCGAGGAUGGGUCACAACUCAGUGUCAAGCGGGAGGACAUUUACACUCUGGAUGAGGAUCUGCCCAAGAGAGUCAAGUCACGGCUGUCGGUGGCAUCAGACAUGCGCUACAAGCUCUUUGCACAGGACGACGUCAAGCAGAACUCCAAAAGACAGCGGGUGGUGAACUCUCGAUACAGAGGGGACUACAUCGAGCCCACCGUUUACAGAACCAUCAUGGAGUGAUGGAUCGUCUCCUCUCUGCAUUGUAACACUCUUCUUUUUUUUUUUUUUUUAUUAGCAGUGGAAGAACCACCUGUCCACCUCUUUUCUUUUCGUCCUCUCUUCUCCCACAAUGCCAGGCUUCAUUUUUAUACGGCUGGGACUUUAAAUGACUGAUGUGCUUGGAAUCCAUAUUCUUAGUGUCAUCUUUUUUUUUUUUUUAACAGACUCUGUUUCAGUUGUUCUUGCUUCUCCUUCUGUCCCUUUGCCUCAGGAAGAAGCCAUCAAGGAAUUAAUCACAGAAAGUGUUGAAGUUAACAACACAGGCCAGGUUCCUUUUCUGUACUAUCAUAUUUUUCUUCACAGUGAGAGUGUUUUUUUUUUAUAGUAAAACUUUUUCCUCUGAAUGUACACACCCUAAUGAGUCACAGCGCUCUGCAGUGUAAAGAUUCACAGACAGUGUGAUCCAUGCACAGUUUUUAUUUAAGAAUUCAAACUCACGACUCUGCUUUUAUCAUAAUUUUAACCCUCCAAAGAAGGAAGAAUGUUAACAUUUUUUUUUAGAAUUCGUACUCAUCACAGACUGGUCCAUCACUGAGGUACAGCGAACACCGACUGUGAAGCUAUUUUUGUCUCUCAUAUUUGAAGACGACCUAUUGGGUUUUUUUUUUACACUUGUUGUAAUUAGUGUUAUUAUACUUUAUUUAUGUCAGUGCAUUACACUUGGCAACAAAGACUAUUUUUCUCAUGUUCUUUUCACACUCUAGAGAAGUUAUAUUGUAUUUAUUGUCUGCUUUCCAGACACUGAUAGAGUUUUUGUGGGUUGCUGUGUUUCAGAUAAAAGUUAGUUCCAGACACAGAUUGUCUUUAGGUUAUAGUUUGAUCCCAAAUAAAAAAAAACUUCAUUGUUUCGCUGA